AUGGCGGAUAGCAACGCAGGCGUUAUGAUCGACCCCCAGAUCUUUCAAUACCUCCAGGCUCAUGCCGAAGAGCAGACUGAGGUCAACGACAAGCUCAACCAGAUAAUGACUGGGCUGAACCGCCACAUCUCGGCUGCCCAAGGACAGCUGAGCCGCAUUCAUGCAACACCCGCCUCGAAGCUCCAGCCGCUUCUCGACCAAGUUGAGAAAGAUGGCAUCAAGCCAGCCAUUGAGAGCAUUAGCGAGCUGUCCAAGUACGCCUCGAACUACCCAUACUACAAGUACAACCAAAAGUGGACUCGAUCGGUCCAGAACCUCAUCUACUCUAUGCUUUUGACAGCAUGGCUAGGUGGACUGGGUACCGAGUCAAAGCCUGGCGAGCUCGGCCGUCUCCUCCGGAUCGAAGAGGUUGGCGAGCUUAUUGGAGUUCCGGUCAAUCUGGAGGACCGCGAUGCCUUUCAUAUCAGCAUCGAGGAGUACAUCUUGUCCCUCACCGAGCUCACGGAUGAGCUGAGCCGUCUCGCCAUGAACUCUGUUACUAUGGGCAACAUCGACCUCACAAUCCGCAUCAGCGCCUUUAUUAAAGACCUGUUCGCUGGCUUCCAGCUUCUCAACCUCAAGAACGAUGUCGUGCGAAGGAAGAUCGAUGGAGUGAAGUAUCAUGUCAAGAAGGUGGAGGAUGUCAUCUACGACUUGUCACUGCGAAAUCUCAUCCCCAAAGACGAAAAGGCAUAA